ACUACCCUCUACACACACACACACACACGCCGGGAACGUGAAAAGUGCCCAAAGGCAGCAGGCUACACAAAUGUAUAGCAGCAGAGAAUAGUAGUGCAAGUAGAGAGAGAGAAAGAGCAAAAACCAGAGUCUCUUUUUAUUAUUUUUCCUACAUAGCCUCAAGUUCAACACUCACCUGGUCCGAGACCGUCAGUUGCGUACGAGCUGUCGGCUGCUGCGGUACUCUCUUUAGUUAUUCACAACUUUUGUCAGUUAUUUUGCCCAAUCUUUUUUUUCCCUCCGUGUGUGGUGCAUGUGUGUGCUGUUCCGUGAGUGCCGCGCUAAUUCCAGGAAGAAUAUUUUGAUAUUUGAUACCAAAACCAGUUCCUUUUUUUUGAAUUUUCAAAAUUUGUUCGUUUGUGAGUGAGAUCUGAGAAAUUGAUUUUCUUUGAAAAAUUCAAUUUUUUUGGUGGAAUGAGCCGGUGUGACUAAACGGAAAUCGUCGACAUUUCAACAAAAUUUUUUGUUUGGGUGAAAAACCGCGGCAGACAAUUUGUGGAAUUGUGUCAUCACUGAACGAGGCGAUUGGAUUAACAUUUUCCAAUUUUUUAUUCGACACUAAAGAAAUGGCCGUCACCAACAUGUACUACCAAGAGUUCCAGCAGUUGUGGAUGCAAGACUCUCUGAUGGCGGACAACAGCUGCUCCUUGAUUGGCGAUCCUUUGGCCCCUCAGGCCCAACCCGUCCAGGAACAACCCACCGUCCAUCUAGAAUUACAACUGGUUCAACAACAACAGCAACAACAACAACAACAACAGCAAAUUGAAACGAAACCGGUUGUACGGAGUCCUUAUUCGGCCGCUUCUUCCGUCCGGUUACCGACUGGAAUUAGCCAAAUCAACGCAACAACAACGACAACAACUACACCGACAACUUUCGUCUUACCCCACACGACGACGACAUCCUACCGCAACAACAAUCACCAACAUCCAGCGCUCACCCAUUUCCAACCCUGUCAGCAACAACAACAGCAACAACAACAACAACAUCACGACGAGCCGGAACACUUGGCGGCCUCGUUGUUGCGGGAUCACGGCGUGAUGGAUGAGGAACAGGACGAUGAGGACGACUGCAUGGCAUCCAUCCAUCCGGUUUCCGGAUCGACCCUGACGUCCCAGCAGGAGCUGGAGGAAAUGUGCGCCAUGUACCACCUGAACAACAACAGCAACAGCAACCAACAACACUUGAUGCUGGGCAACAACAACAGUCGGUGCUCCUCCACGUCUUCAUCCAGCGGAAUUCUCCAGAUGGCCAACAGCGAAACGGAUUUCGUCGACCUGGACUCGCUCCUGGACCAGACGGCCGAGAAAUACGCCGUCGAUUGCGGAGGCGGCAAACUCCUUCCGGAUGCAUCCGCCAACAACAACAACAGCGGAACGGCCGUCCUCUUUUCCUACCUGACGACGGGCGUCCGCUGUCCCAACCACCUCAUCCCCAUCUCACCACCACCGAUCCUCAACAACAACCGCACCAAACAUCCAACAACAACAACAACAACCAGCCAGAUGACUCCGCCGGCCAGUCCGGAACAGGAACUCAAACAACUUUGUUCCAGGAACGGCAGCAGCACUUUGUGCCCGGUCGAUCUCGGUCUGAUUUCCAUCCAGCAAUCAUCCAACAACAGCAACAACAACAGAGUCAUCACUCCACCCAGUUCGCCGGACCUGACGGAUUACCUGGAAGCCGGAAAGUCCAACAGCGGCGGCGACAGCAGCAGCGAAAGUUGUACGAGUUUCAGCAACCAGAGCCAACACCCGGCCCUCCGGGGUCCCAUGCCAAACCACCACCCCAACAACAACAAUUCCAGCAAGGACCUGGACGGCGGCGGAGAGGCUUCCGGCAAGAGCGGACGGGGCAGCAGCAGCCGGGGUGGCCGGAGAACUUGGGGCCGGAAGCGGCUGUCCACUCACGCCUGUUCUCACGUCGGCUGCAGUAAAACGUACACGAAAUCGUCGCACCUCAAGGCCCACCUGAGGACCCACACGGGCGAGAAGCCGUACCAGUGCGCCUGGAAGGAUUGCGGAUGGAAAUUCGCCCGCUCCGACGAGCUCACUCGCCACUAUCGCAAACACACGGGCGACCGGCCGUUCCAGUGUCAAAUGUGCGAACGGGCUUUUUCACGCUCCGACCAUUUGGCCCUGCACAUGAAACGGCACAUCAGCGUCUGAGUUGCUGGGGUGGUCCGUCCGUCCGUCUGUCCUCCAAGGACGGCCAGAAUUUCAAAAAAAUAUUUGCUCCUGUUGAAGCCGGAAGAGAAAAUGAAUGACAAUCGCCUCGAGGGUUAUUUUAGAAUAAAAUGUUUGGAUAAUUCUAAAACCGACUCGUUAAAUUUUAUUCGAAAUCAAUUCGACAAAGUUGAUGAUCCAGCCGCUAUCAUUAUAAUUUAACUGGAGUUCAUAAUAUCUAAUUGUGUACAUACUAUACUACAGUCAACCUAACAACGAGAAAAUCAUUUCUUCAAUUUUCUGAUGAAAAAUCUCAAGGCUUUUUGAGAUGGCAAACGGAAUUUACGGGCGAAUUUCGAGUUUCAUUCCGCCGGAAUUAAAAAAUGCGCGGAAUGUCGCGAUCGUCAGAACA